AGUGAUUCAACUCGCGCGGGCCAGUCUCGGCUGCAUCAAGACUGUGUUAAAGAAGCCGCUGCGGGCAAUCGCAGAAUGUCCGACGAUCAUCCAACAACACUCAUGAGAUCUCUGGAAAGUACUGUUGAACGGAUAGAGGAUACACCGGAGGACGGUUUUACAAAAAGUGCUGACAGGGGAAAGGGCAAAGAGGUUGAUCGAGGCAGGACGCUGGAGCGGGGCUCAAGAUACCCGAAUCCUCUCGAAAAAGCCGAAUCCAGACCCCGCAAGUACGAUCCUACCAUUGAACUUGAUGUGCAGGCAAUCGAAAAACGACAAAUAAGCCGCAGCAGUACGUUCUCGAAUUUCGAAGAUCCCAAGGAUCCAUGUGCUAUCUUGGAGGACAAUUUGCUCGAACCUUGCCCGCGUCUUUCAAUUCGUAACUCGGUUUCGGAGGUUCUCAGUGCCUCAGAGAGCUCAGAUUCUCUUCCGGGUGGUUUGAUCCAUGGUAACACAUGGAGCUUUUUCGAAACGCCAGGCCUCAAUCAUCCACGCCCGGCUCGGACUCUCACCACUGUCUUUAGUGACUGCCAUCCUGUCUAUCCCGCGCCUGUUUUGCCUCCCGAGAGCCUUCCAAAGAGUCGUCCAGACAUUGACCAACUCGAAAAUAUAGCCACCUCAUCAUCUACGCCUCUAUGGUCGACCUCAGAAGGAACCCCAAAUUUAAGAGCAGUUGAUCUGAGUCAAGCAUCUCGACUACCCACGGAGAUUCUUCAGCAGAUAUUCUAUAACCUGGCACCUGCAGACUUCAAUUCUGCUAGACAUUCGUGUCGAUCAUGGUUAAUCAAAAGUCUCAAUCGCUCACUGCUUGAGACAAUGUUGAAGCGAGCAGGAUUCUCAAAUCGAAUCGUCCCGCCCACGGUAGAUCAACAUGAUGAUGCCGGAGAUGGUAUCAGUAUCGAGUGGUCGAUGAGCAAGACACUUGCCCUAGAAUGUGCACUCGGUCCAGACUGGACUGGUAAUGGCCUUGCAAGAGAUUGCACAUCGGAAUCAUCAGACUCUGCCUUCGUGGAGACUUCCAGGGUUGACUUCACCGAAGUCGCGGUAGACUAUCCAGGACAGCCACUUUCGGUUGGAACGAUCUUUACCAUCAGCAGCUGUAGCAGAUUCUUGAUGGUUGCCAAUGGCUGCUUGGUUUACCUGUACGAACUGAACCGCUCGCACAAAAUUACCGCAGGUGAGUCGAUUAUUAGUGCUGGUGCAUUGCGUCCAGUGACGAGUAUCAUCUGCCCUCAUCGGGUCCUUGCAUGCAGCAUGGACACUUCCUCCAACAGAUAUGCAGUUGCCAUUCUCCUUGAUGGUCGUAUGGGGCUCGUCUGCGACAUCAAUACCUCCUGGGCAUCAUCUCCUGCUCCCGCUACUGGGCCAGGAACGAAUGCCAACUCCGUAAAUGUCCAGAGUCCAGAUAGAUCUUCCGAGACUGGAGUCCGCGGAACAUCUUUCUUAGACAGGGUAUCGCUCAGAACCUCCGCUUGGACGGCCAACCCAAACCAUCAGAGCAAGGAACCACCGUUUGUCUUUCCUGGGAUCGCAACUACGGGUCCAAAUUUUGCUCCCGUGAAUCGAUCUGACUGGCAGGAUGUGUUCAGUGAUGAUAUACCGGACCACACUCGUACAGCUGGACCAAGUUCACGGCAUGGAUCACUUCCCCGUGCACAUGCCAUCAGUCCUGAGGGUGAAAUGGAGCAUUCUUUCGCGUCUGAUCAAGACCGACAGCCAAAUUUCAUGCCUAUCGAAAAUGGGCCGCGUUCGCUUUAUCGCAAUCUAUGUUCUGACGAUGAUCCUCCACGCUCGGUAGCAAUAUGUCCCCAACGGCGUUGCGUUGCUUUUGGCUGUUCCUCUGGGAUUGAAUUGCACUGGGUAGAUGCGCUUACUGGACAGGACCUCAAUAGAUGGUUUCCGCUUACAGCGCCAAGCGAUUUCUUGUUCUUUCUGCCGCCAAGAAAGAGCAUUGAUUCAGCAAAAAAGUUGAGGCUGAUUAGCAGUGCUGCAAGACCGGGCGAAAGACCAGCAAUUGUGGAAAGACCAUUUGGUACCCGCACCAAAAGCAGUCCGUUUUGGGAGAGAUUUCCAGUGGUGCUGGGACAGUUCGACAAUAGUUCAGACGCAGACCUGAUCCAAGGCUCUCUCUCAAGACUCAGAGGAGACGCCGGCAGAAGCUCGUUGACAGGACGUAUGGAUUGUUCUGAUCACUACCGCGCGAUCCCGCUCAGCGAUGGAUACCACAUCCUGUUCACAGAUCCCAGUACUGGAUUGCUGUGUCUUGGCAGUGACGCACCUGUUGGCGGACCCACCAAAUUGCUCCGGAAGAUAUGGUUCCAAGGUCCGAAAGGGGAGGGCAGUCCUCUUACUUACGCGGCUGGUGCGAACUUGAGCUGUGGGGUCCGAAUUGUUGCUGCAUUCGGCAAUGGGACAGAGCAAGCUAUCUGGUUAUUUUCUGUCCCAAGGGACGUCUUUGCCACCAACCAAGGUGGCCAAUCCCCAUUGAGUGCCUCUUCUUACUUGAGAUCCAAGUCCGGCCAGGAGAACUCAAACUCGGAAUGGAUCAACUGGUGGCCAGAUGAUGGGCUGCAGGAAUGGCUCAACUACGCACGAGAUCCGGUAGCUGGUAUUCUGCCUCGAAGUGUAUGGCCGGUCAAAGUUCGUGGUCAACAGAUUGGCACUUGCAGUGGUUUAGUCGAUCUUACAAUUGACUCAGGUCCCGACAUGACCAUCUGGGCUUUCAGUAAGCACGGUAUAGCAACUGUGUGGAAUAUCGAUGUUGGGAGAAACGAGGCCGUCAAAAGACAAUGCGUUAUGAGGGAUGGUACUGUUCGAGAGAUUGACAGUGACGGCGACGUCGAGAUGAUAGAUGCUCGAUCUCCAUCUCCUGACAUUCUUAAACAUCCCAAGCCACUCACCCAAGCGUCUUAUGAUGGGGCGGCAUUUUCUCCGACUAUGCAAGCCAAUCCAGUCUAUGAUUCAGAAGGGCAUUUGCUGAUGGACGAGAUGACUCAAUCACCACAAUUUGAUGACGAGGACAUAGAGCCCGCGGACCAAGAAAUAGUAGCAGACGUUUGGUGCCAUGGGGAUGGAUGGACCAACAGAUUGUUCCGAAGACCUGUGGUAGAUUUGGUGGAAGAGGUAACUGGUGUAUCUAGAAUUGACGUGGAGAUUCGAUGAAAGAAUGGAUGAUCGGGUUGGGGUCAGAUCGCACCAGAGGUUGCAGAGAGAAACCUAAACUCUUCUUUUCAUUAGAAUCAAUUGUGCCAGC